ACCUAAUAUAUUAAUUAAAGAUUGUGCAAUUUUUGGUGUCAAUUUUAUCUUUGAUUACCUGUUUGAUGAAAAAAAUAAGAAUUUCUUCAGAAGAAAUUCUUCAUUAUCAAUUGUAGCUUUUCAAUUAGAACUUCAUCAUCAAUUAAUGACUCAUAAAAAAUCAUAAAACUGAUGUUUUCUUAAGACACUUUUCAGAUAUCUUUAAUUUCUUAUCUGAAACGAUAUCUAUCUUUACAACAUGUCUUUCUCAAACAAACUUAAGCAAAUGGUCAAGUUGUGUGGACUUAGCUUUGGAGCUUUCUCUGCAAUAUGCAUUUACAAAGAAGAUACAAAAUUUUACAAAACUUACGUUAUGCCUAUAGUUCAUCUCUUAGAUCCAGAGCAAGCUCACCAAUUUUCUGUUAUUAUAAAUAAGUAUAGGUUAUUGCCAAGAAGCAAAUAUAAUGAUCCAGAUUCAUUGAAAGUUCAAGCAUUUGGAAGUUUAUUCAAUAAUCCUGUUGGGAUAGCUGCGGGUUAUGACAAGAAUGCAGAAGCUGUCCUUGGUCUUAAUGAUAUGGGAUUUGGAUUUGUGGAAAUAGGUUCAGUGACUCCUUUACCACAAGAUGGAAAUGAAAAACCAAGAGUAUUUCGUUUGAAAAAGGAUGAAGCUGUUAUAAAUAGAUAUGGUUUCAAUAGCGAUGGUCAUGAGAUAGUUCUCAAGAGAAUCUAUGAAUUAAGAGAAAGUAAUUAUAAUGGAAUAAUAGGAAUAAAUUUAGGUAAAAAUAAAACUUCACCAGACCCCAUUGGUGAUUAUGUUAAGGGAAUUAUAAGGUUUGGUCCUGUAGCGAAUUAUCUGGUUAUAAAUAUAAGCAGUCCUAAUACUCCAGGAUUGAGGAAUAUGCAAGGUAAAAAGGAGUUGUACGAUCUCUUAGUUCCUGUAGUCCAAGCCGCUAAAAGUGUUCCAAACAGACCGGCUUUGCUUUUGAAACUGGCACCCGAUUUGAGUUUUGAAGAAAGAAAAGACGUAGCUGAUGUCAUUAAUAAAAAAGAAUGUCAGGUCGAUGGUCUAAUUAUAUCGAACACGACAAUCUCUAGACCGAACAGUUUAAACUGUAAGGAAGAAGCUCAGCAAACUGGGGGAUUGAGUGGAAAACCACUUAAAGAGCUAUCAACAAAAAUGAUAGCCGAUAUGUACAAAUUAACUAAUGGAAUACCAAUAAUCGGUGUGGGUGGUAUAUGUACAGGUGAAGAUGCCUAUGAAAAAAUAAAAGCUGGCGCAGUUGUUGUACAAGUUUACACUGCUUUAGUUUAUGAAGGUCCCACUUUAGUUACUGAAAUCAAGAAGAGUCUCGACAAGUUAUUAGCGGAGGAUGGGUUCAAAACUAUUGGGGAAGCUGUUGGAAAAUCAAGCUGAUUCAUAAACUUUAUUUAUGUUGAAGUGUAAAAAAACCAAACUGGGAUUAUCAUGAAUUUGUUAUU